AUGUCCGAAUUCAAAGUGAAGGCUGGUUUAGCGCAGAUGUUGAAAGGUGGUGUCAUCAUGGACGUUGUCACGGCUGAACAAGCCAUUAUUGCUGAAAAGGCUGGUGCUUGUGCUGUUAUGGCCUUAGAGAGAAUUCCUGCAGAUAUGAGAAAAUCUGGUCAGGUGUGUCGUAUGUCUGAUCCAAAAAUGAUUAAAGAUAUUAUGGAUGCUGUUUCUAUCCCUGUAAUGGCUAAAGUACGUAUUGGACAUUUUGUCGAAGCACAGAUUCUUGAAGAAUUAGAGGUUGAUUAUAUUGAUGAAAGUGAAGUUUUGACGCCUGCUGAUUGGACUAAGCAUAUUCGUAAAAACGAAUUUCAAGUUCCAUUUGUUUGCGGUGCAAAGGAUCUUGGUGAAGCUUUGAGAAGAAUCAAUGAAGGAGCUGCUAUGAUUCGUACUAAAGGAGAAGCAGGGACUGGUGAUAUUUCUGAAGCCGUCAAGCACAUCUCUAAGAUUAGAGGUCAACUUGAAGAAUUUAAACCUCUUCUAAAGGAUGACGCUGGUUUAAAGUUAAAGGCAGAAGAAAUGAGAAUUCCAGUCGAUUUACUAAAGAAUACUUUAGAAAAUGGUAAAUUACCAGUGGUUAAUUUUGCAGCCGGUGGUGUUGCAACACCUGCUGAUGCAGCUUUAUUAAUGCAAUUGGGUUGUGAAGGUAUAUUUGUGGGUUCCGGUAUCUUCAAGUCAUCCAAUCCUGAAAAACUAGCUCGUGCAGUUGUAGAAGCUACAACCCAUUUCAAUGACCCAGCAAAGUUGUUAGAAGCUUCCACCAAUUUAGGUGAUCUAAUGAGUGGUAUAUCAAUCGAAUCUAUAAAGGGUUCUAGAUUAGCUGAAAUUGGUGCUUGA